ACAAACACAAUCAUGAAUUUCUUCGUUGCCUUGCUUUUGUUGCUCUUACCUAUCAGUUUUCUUCUUCUGAAGAGAUCAAGAACAUCAGGAAGGCUCCCUCCAGGGUCACUAGGUAUUCCUCUGGUAGGCCAAAGCCUCGGCCUUCUUUGGGCAAUGAGAGCCAACACUGCCGAGAGAUGGCUUGAAGGUAGAGUGAAAAAGUAUGGCCCCAUCUCUAAGCUAAGCCUCUUUGGUAAACCAACAGUUUUCAUGUACGGUCAGGCGGCAAACAAACUUAUUUUCGGCGGCGAUGGUAGCUCUAUAUCCAACCAGCAGACGCAGUCACUAAGAAUGAUACUUGGUGAUCGGUGCCUGUUGGAACUGAGUGGCGAAGACCAUAAACGGGUUAGAGGCGCCCUUGUAUCUUUCUUGAAGCCAGAAUCCUUAAAGAUGUACGUUAGCAAGAUGGAAGAAGAAGUCAGGAGCCAUCUUGAGAUGCACUGGGAAGGGAAUCAGCAGGUCACGGUACUACCUUUGAUGAAGAAGCUCACGUUCAACAUAAUUUGCUCUCUUCUUUUUGGGAUUGAUCGUGGAGAAAGAAGAGAUCAAUAUGUCCACCAUUUCCAAGAAAUGAUAGAAGGAAUGUGGUCAAUUCCUGUUAACCUGCCCUUCACACUCUUCAACAACAGCCUCAAGGCCAGUGCGAAGGUUCAAAGGAUGUUAAAGGAGCUUUUACACGAGAAGAGGCUUCAACUACAGAAAGGAGCUCCAUCCCACCAGGACCUGAUUUCUUGCUUACUGAGCAUCCGCGGAGAAGGCAAUGAGGAUUCACUAUCUGAAGAUGAGAUAAUACAUAACGUGAUGCUCAUUAUGGCAGCAGGAUACGAUACUUCUUCAGUUUUGAUUACUUUCCUUGUGAGACUUCUAGCAAAUAAUCCAACAGUUUAUGAAGCUGUUCUUAAAGAACAAGAUGAAAUUGCAAAGAGCAAAUCCUCGGGACAGUUUCUAACAUGGGAGGACCUGGCUAAGAUGAAAUAUACCUGGAAGGUGGCGCAGGAGACUCUAAGAUUCUACCCUCCCAUCUUUGGAGGUUUUAGGAAGACAAUAAAAGACAUCGAGUUUGGAGGCUAUAUCAUUCCUAAAGGAUGGCAAAUAUUCUGGGUUGCGGCCAUGACACAUAUGGACAGCAACAUAUUCCAUGAACCAGAGAAGUUUGAUCCUGCUAGAUUUGAAAAUCAAGCAGCCAUACCUCCUUACUGCUAUGUUCCAUUCGGAGGGGGGUAUCGUAUAUGUCCAGGAUAUGAGUUUGCAAAGAUUGAAACUUUGAUCACCAUGCAUCAUUUGGUUACUCAAUUCCACUGGAAAUUGUGCUGCACUGACCACUUCAGAAGGGACCCAAUGCCAGUGCCUACUGAAGGACUUCCUAUCCAGCUAUCCCCCAGGAACCACCCAUUCCAAGACUGAUAUUAUACCAGCAUUCAACAGGUGAAUCAGACACAUUUUGAAGAGAAAAUCAAGCCAUUGAGUAGUUGUGGUCUCCGAAGAACAAUUCUUGUGUUAACUCCUUUAAUGCAUAAUAGCUGCCGUACGUACUUAAUGCCCACUUUGGAGUUACUGUGUCAGUCAAACGAGGACCUUCAAGUACGAGGAUUAAGAUUUUCUUAAGCUCUUUAAGUCCAAAAAUGAAGGAAAAAGAACAACUCAAAAUUUGAGCA